CAACAAACGAGUCUCGACGCGCGCGGUUCAUGAAUCGCUUGCUCACAACUUGGCUAAAACCGAGCUGACAGCCAAAACUUGGUUCUCAAUGUUUAUUUGCUGCGCUGUAUUGAGAAGUGUUCAAAAUAAUUCUAUAAAAAUUAAAAACAAGUUGUUUAGCAGUUAACAAAAAGAAAAUAAAUUACUGAAAAUAUCUGUGCGGAAAAUAAAUAUAUAUGUAAAUGUAUUUGAUGGGCCUACAGUGAGAUCGAGUGUAAGCUUGCAGUGCAGUGCAGAGUGAAGUCGAAGUCGAAGUCGAAGACGAAGGCGGAGUGGAAGUGGAGUGCGCUCCACAUCGUUUAUAGAACGUGCAAAGCGCAAACAGUUCAACAAAUUCAUUUGCUAUAGGCCCCGAAAACAACAUGAAUUUCAAGCUGUUGUUCAGCAUGCUAAUGGAGUUGUAAAAGAGAAAACUGUUCAUUACUCGAAUGCCAUAUUAAGAGAACUUUCUUGGGGAGGAGCUUCACAGGCAGGAGGCGGAAUCGGAAUCGGCAGCAAAUUGAAAUUCAGGACAACUCGUCGGAUAACAAUCAAGCUGCAGUCGUUGGGGCGCAUGCUGGCCGUCUAGCGGUUCGCUGCCCACAGCCCACAGCCCACAGCCCACAGCCCACAGCCCACACCCCAUAGUCCACAGGCUUACACCCACAACAGUUCCUUGAUUUUCUGCCCCGGGCCCAAUGUAUGCCGGCCGGGCCACGCAAUUCGCAAAGACCAUCGGCAGCAUGGCCUGCAGCAUACAGAAACAGCCCACGCAGCCAGCAUCCACGGCUACCAUGUCCAUGACGGCUACGGCCGUGGGCAUUGCCGGAGUGAGCGGAGUGACCGGUGGGGGUGGUGCCACAGUGCCCUCCACGCCCAAGUCCAACAAGUCGGCGGCACAGCCGCGCGGCUCGCUGCCUACGGAUGUGCAUCAGCCGCCCCUAGAGUUUCAAUGGCCUCCUCCGUUGCCCGUUUCCAGUCACACGAGCAACUUGCGCCUCAAUAUGAUGAAUCAGGAUCCAAAGGACUUGCACACAGCACGAGCUAUUAUUGAAGAGCUGCGCUCGAAAGUGCGCUUCCAGACGGAGCACAUAAUGAAGUGGCGCAAGGCUUAUGCCAUACAGGUGCAGCAGCAUUACCGCUAUCAAAAAGAAAAAUCGGAUCAGAUGAAUUCACUGACGUCUCAGCUGCUGCUGCUAGAGGCGCGGCUUAAGCGGAAACAGAAGCAAAUCGCGAGUCUUUUGAGCCAUCGAGAGCUGACCAUACAGCGCCAGCAGAAGAUCAUAGAUACGCUAUCCACGCGCCUGGUGGACCACGGCCUGGAGAGCAUCGAGGCGAGCUAUGCCAAUGAGCUGGACUCUCUGAACGACUCCGACUCCGCCGUGGUGCUAGAGGACAUUGACUCGGACAGCAACAUGACUCUGGGCACGCGUCGCAAGAGCAGCGGAGGCGGCGGAUUGGGCGGCGUGCUUGCUAGUGACGGCAUCACCAUCGUGCGCUCCAUAUCGGAUGCCAUUGAGACGAAUCUGAAUAAGUAUGGAGCGGCCAGGCGCAACAAUUGCUAUCUGCGUCGUCCGGACAUACUGGAAACGGUGUACUCCGUGGAGGAGGAUCCGGAGCCGACCACAGACGUGGCCGAGAAGCGCGACAAGUUUAAGAAUCGAUCGGACAAGGCGCUCAGCUCUAGCUCCACCGAGGGACAGAUCGAUGGACCGUCGGAUGCCACGGACAGCAAAGCCAAAGAUACUUCCACGACAACGGCCAUGGCCGUGCCGCGUCGCCAGCUGGGCGCACUGAAAUGCUCGCCCAGCCACGAUGCCACGCCCUGCACGACACUGAGCAUGAAGGUACCACAGCUGCAACCCCAAAGUCCAAGCCCGAGCCCGAGCCCGACCCCAAUACCAAGCAGCAGCCCAGCUACGGAGCAGGCGAAUGGCAAGUCGCAGGUAACGACCUACAAUCGAGUCAUGUCGAACCAUCGAUCCGUGACCAAGCCAAAGGACGUGAAGUACAAGCGCAUCAACAAGGCCAAGUCCAAGAGUCUCGAGGAGCUGCGCGGCCGGCUCAAGAACCUGGUGGAGCAGCGACCGGGCCUCGAUGCCGGCUACACAGCCGGCAUGAUGCCCCAAACAGCGCAGUCAUAUGCGUGACACACGGAGCAACUCGUCGAAAGGCCGGUGCCAGCAGCGGAGGUAGAGGCGCCAGUGGCCCUAACUGCCCAGGCCAGCUUGUCUGCGGGCCAUACGCCGGAUCAGACGACGCCGCAGCGGCACAGCUGUCCCAAGCGCUCGUUGACGCUGCCUCGCAUACUGGUGCCGCAAUCGGUGCUAGGGGCGUCGCACUCCGGCAGCGGGGGAGGCACUGGGCGUGGCGGUUUCUAGCAAUUAAAGAAAUUUUUCUUACGCAAUUGUGAUAAAAAGUAAAAUUGUGUCUUGCAUUUUUCUCUCUCUCUCUCCUGUCUUUCUAUCUAGCUAACUUAUUGGUACACUCAGAGACAAUAGCUAGAAAUUUUUUAAAAUGAUUUAAUUAAUUAUAAUUGUUAAAUUAAUUAAUUAAAAAAAUAUUUCUAAUUUAUAGAUAACAAUUAUUACAAUUAAACAUUUUUUCUGAUCUGAUUUAAUCACAUUAUUUUCUCUGAGUGAAGUUUUCUUUUGUAACAUUUGUUUCCUGCGCUGUCUUUUUGUGUGACACUGAGAUACGGCAUUUAAUUUAAAUUAGUUUUACGUUUACUUUUAUGUUCAAAUGUCCUUUAUAAUAUAAUUUCACAUGAAUAAAUACAUAACGAAGCAUGCAUAAA